UUGUUAAGUUAAAAAUGUUUGUAAGUAAGAAUGUAUCUAGCUUUUAGGUUAACUAGAAAAAUAUCCAAGAUAAAGUUUAAAGCUAAUAAAAAAAAGUUUAAAGCUAAUAGAAUUUGAAUGAUGCUUGGCUUUGGACUUUGGGUUUACGGAUGUCACCCUAUAAAAUGUUUGUAUAUUCCAUUUAAUGUAACUCAAUAUUUAUGUACAGAUUAGAAGAUAUCGACAAUGAAGUAUUAAAUCUAUGAAUAAUCUAAAGAAUCUUAAACCCAUUAACCUUUUUGCUUUUCUAAUAAUUCCACCACAAUACAAACACACAAGUUGCAAACUCGAUAUGUAAUUGGAACACUAUUAUAACACAAAUGCAUAUAAGUGUUCCUAAAUAAAUCUGCAUAUGAAAGCAAGCUUUUUCCCUUUUUAACUCUCUCAACUCCUACCUUCCUUUACCAACCUUUACUUUCUUUUCACACACACACACAUAUGUAUAUAUAGAGGGAGAGAGAGACCUUUAUGACUUCAUAGAAGAGAGUGAUGUGCUCAAAGAAAGAAGUAGAAAGUUCAGGAGCCAUGAACAACAUACAAAAUCACCCAAAUAACCUCUUCUUUCACCAACUUGUCUCCCAUCAUCAUCACCAAGAACCUUCUCAAUCCGAAACUUUCAGAGCCCCAGGUUACAACGUCGAAUCCGGAUUCACUAUCUUCUCCCAGGACUCCGUUUCCCCAAUAUGGCCUACUUCGACCCAACCACAGUUCGAUCCAUUUACUCCUCCUACUCCUCAGGCAUCUUUCUACGGGAGUUUCUUCAAUAGAAGCCAAGCUCAUCAUCAGGGAUUACAGUUUGGAUACGAGGGUUUUGGUGGAGGCACGUCAGCAACGCAUCAUCAUCAAGAACAGCUUCGGAUCUUGGCAGAGGCUUUAGGUCCCGUAGUGCAAGCCGGGUCGGGUCCUUUCGGGUUACAAGGUGAGUUAGGGAAGAUGACAGCACAAGAGAUCAUGGAUGCUAAAGCUUUGGCUGCUUCAAAGAGUCAUAGUGAGGCUGAGAGAAGACGAAGAGAGAGGAUCAACAAUCAUCUUGCUAAGCUCCGUAGCAUAUUACCCAACACCACCAAAACUGAUAAAGCGUCGUUACUAGCAGAAGUGAUUCAACACGUGAAAGAGUUGAAGAGAGAGACUUCAGUGAUCUCGGAGACAAACUUGGUUCCAACAGAGAGCGACGAGUUAACGGUGGCUUUCACAGAGGAGGAAGAAACCGAAGAUGGCAGACUCGUAAUUAAAGCGUCGCUUUGUUGCGAAGACAGGUCGGAUUUAUUGCCGGACAUGAUCAAAACGUUGAAAUCGAUGCGUCUCAAAACGCUCAAGGCCGAGAUAACCACCGCCGGAGGACGAGUCAAGAACGUGUUGUUUGUCACCGGAGAAGAGAGCUCCGGGGAGGAUAUGGAAGAUUAUUGUAUAGGGAUGAUAGAGGAAGCUUUGAAGGCGGUGAUGGGGAAGUGUAACGUUGAAGAAUCAUCUUCUUCUGUGAAUGCUAAGAGACAGAGAAUGAGUAGUCACAACACUAUUACCAUCAUCGAACAACAACAAUAUCACCAUUAAGGUAAUCAAGUUUUAAUCAAUAUUGUACGUCAUGUUAUACUAUGGAUAUGUGUGCUUGUGUGUGUGUCUGUAUAACGGAGAUAUUUGUAUCCAUUAAGGGACUUGGUUUGGUUAUAAGUACUUUCUUUUGGUUGUUAUAUAUGUUGAUUUGGUUAUAUGAUUUUUCUUUUUUUCUCUUA